AUGGGUAACCAGGUGGUGAUCGCGAAGGCGGCGGCGGCGGGCGUGGCGUCGGACUACUGGGUGCACGACCUGCCGCGCGGCGUGGUGCUCAAGGACGUGCUGGCGCCGGGCCGCUUCCUCAAGACGCUCGACUGCUUCCACCACGAGGGCCGCGUCAUCGUUAAAGUCUUCCUCAAACGCGCCGACCUCGCGCUCCCGCUGCAGGCCAGUCAUCCCCGUUGCCAGUUCCGCGUUACAGGCGCAAUUGAAUCCUUUCCGUGCCGCAGUUGCGUGAGCUGCCGUCACGGCCGAGUGAGAGUGGGCGGGUUAUGGGGAGAGAGCGGCGCUCGGGGGACAACCCCAGUGGAUGAGGAUGAGGGGGACGGCGCGUACGAGCAGCAGCUGAAGGUCAUUCGCCACCGCCUCUCAGGCAUCGACAAGUCGCACGUCUGGCCCUUCCAGAAGUGGUAUGAGACGGAGCGAGCGGCGUAUGUGCUGAGGCAGUACCUAUUCAGCACGCUGCACGACCGCCUCGGCACGCGCCCCUUCCUCGGCCUCACCUUCAAGAAGUGGAUCGCCUUCCAGAUCCUCAAGGCGUUGGACCAGGCGCACUCACGGGGGGUCUGCCAUGGCGAUCUGAAGGCGGACAACGUGUGUGUGACGGCGUGGAACUGGGUGUUUGUGGUGGACUGGGCGCCAUUCAAGCCUGUCCUCGUGCCCUCUGACAACCCCGCCAUCUUCUCCUUCUUCUUCGACACAGCCCCCUCCGGCCGCCGCCGCUGCUGCAUUGCCCCUGAGCGGUUUGUGUCGGCGAGUGAGUGGAGGCAGAGGCAGAGUGAGGGGGAGGGAGGGGCGGGGGGAGCACAGCUACAGCCCGCCAUGGACAUUUUCUCCGCGGGGUGUGUGAUAGCGGAGAUGUUUCUGGACGGCGAUGUGCUCUUCGACCUCUCCUCGCUGCUCGCCUACGUGCACGGCUCCUACAACCCCCUCCCUGUCAUCGACCGGGUAUGCGCCACCCACCCCCCCUCUCAAGGCGUGUGCCCCACGGGCCUUGUAGCGGGUGUGCCGUACUGCUGGGUGGGAGCCCUGGUGGCGCACAUGGAGCAGAGGGACAUGGAGGAGCAGAGGGACCCUUGGCGCCGUUUCCACAGCCAGUGGUUCAUCUGGCGGCCGUGCCUGCCGGCACUCCCUGCUGCUAUCCCACGUCUCUUCUUCCCUCUCUGCGCUGCCUUGCCUACCCCCAUCCCCCCGCCCGUCCCCGUCCCUAUGCAUGGCAGAUCCCGUGCCCAUCAAUCCCGUGCCCAUCAGUGCGAGCCCUGGUCACGCACAUGGUACAGAGGGACCCCGCACAGCGCCUGCCAUCCCUGCUGCUACCCCCCACCUCUCCCUUCCCCUGCCUCCCCGCAUUCCUCCCCACCCCUUCAGAUCCCGUGCCCAUCAGUGCGAGCGCUGGUCACGCACAUGGUGCAGAGGGACCCCGCACAGCGCCUGCCAGCAGCGGCGUACCUGACGGCGUUCAGCGACCCCCAGGGCGGCGCACUCUUCCCCCAGCCCGCCUUCGACGCCCUGCACGACCAGCUGUUCUGCCACCUGCCCGCCAUGGACGCUGAUGGCCGGAUCGCCCUCACUCGCCAGCUCUACCCGCGCCUCUCUCGCAUCAUCGCUUCCUCGCUGCAGGGGGGUGGGGAGGGGGAUGCCGAAGGGAAGGGGGUUAGGGAUGGGGCGGGCGGGAAGGGUAGUGCUGGAGAGGCAGAGAGGGGGGAGAGUGGAGUGUGGGGAAGUGGGGGUGGGGAGCAGUGGGGUGAGCAGGAGGUGGCAGUGGAAGGGGGCGUGGAGGGGAGUGGUGAAUUGAGGGGGGAUGAGCAGGGGCGUCGUUGUGAGCAGGUGACAAGUAGUGUGAGGGAGAAAUAUGAUGAGAGCCAGCAGGGCAGCAGCAGCACCACCUCGUGUGAGAGUGACACAGGCGAUGACACAGGCGCUGAUGGCGUGGGAACAGGCGACAUUAUUCCUGGCACUGAGAUAGGCGAGGGAGCUGGGAGAGUUGUGAGAGCUGAGAGUGCUACAAAACCUGGGAGAGGCAGCACAGGCGCACGGGGCAGUGCGAGUGAGAGCAUGGGAGGCGGUGUGGGCAACAGUGGCAGCGCCAUGGUGCUGCUAGUCGGGCUGCUCACAGCCUGCCUGCGCAACGCUCGCCUGCCGCACUCCCGCCGCCACUGCCUGCUGCUGCUGCACGCCGCCGCGCACCACUGCUCGCACGCCGUGUGCCUGCAGGCCGUGGCGCCCUUCCUCGUAGCCGUUCUCGCCCCGGACGGGCUCACCGCCACGCCGCUGCACGCCCUCGACACGCUCCUCCCCGGCGGGCACGGCGCUGCCAGCCCGCCCCUCGUGCGCUGCACCGCGCUCACCGUGCUCACGCGCCUGCUGGCCCGCGUGCGCUCCUUCCCCUCCACUGAUGCCCGCUUCUUCCCCGAGUACCUCUUCCCCUCGCUCUCGCUGCUCCCCCGCGCGCCCGACGAGAGCGUGCGCGCCACGCUCGCCCUCUGCCUGCCCUCCCUCGCUGCCUCUGCGCUGCGCUUCCUGCUGCUCGCUGCGGGGGGAGCCACCCGCGCCACUGGGGGGAGCGAGGGGGGGUCCGGCCAGGGGGCGAGUGAGGGAGAGAGGAUCUCCAGCGGCACUGCAUGGGGGGAAUCGGGUGAUGGCGACGGCGACGGUGACGGCCACGACAGCAGCAGCAGCGGCGUGCCGGGCUUGUCUCUAGCAACCACGCUCACCUCGCUCAAGGCGCUGGCAGCGGCAGCGGAGCGCCUCCCAGAGCAGCACAUGGGCGAGGUAGCGGAGGUGAGGGAGGCAGUGCGCGUGGCGGUGGAGGAGCUCUCCACGCUGCCCCGCAGCACCCCCCCCAUCCGCCUCUCCCUGCUUAGCCACGCGCCCUCCCUCGCUGUCUUCCUCGGCCCCUCCCUCGCCACCACCGCGCUGCUCCCUCUCCUCAUCACCUUCCUCAACGACCCCUCCCCCCGCGUGCGCUCCGCCUUCUUCCACACGCUGCCCGCGCUCUGCCCCCAUGUGGCCCCCUCCGCCCUGCCCGCCUUCCUCCUCCCGUGCCUCGAGCAGGCCCUCGGGGACACCUCGCAUUCCUCCGUGCCUGCCGCUGCUGCUGCCUGCCUGGCCCAGCUCGCGCGCUCCCAGCGCCUGCAGCAGCGGCGGUGGCUGCUGUCAGCCGCGCGCCAUGCAGCGCCGCUGCUCAGGCACCCUGAAAGGGACGUGAGGGGCGCUGCUGUGGCGUUUGCAGCGGCUGCUGCGGGUCAGCUGUCGGCUGUUGACGCCCACGCGCUGCUGCUGCCGCUGCUCUCCCCCUCCCUGCGCUACCGCCCUGCGCUGCUCUCCUCCCCUGCGUCGCUUGCUGCUGCGCUCAAGGCGCCUCUGUCAGCCCACCCUGCUGUCCCGCCCCAGCCACCCCUCCCAGCCCAAGCAGGUGUGGCGUCCUGGCAGAUGAAUGCAGGGCAAGCAGCAGCACCCGACCUCUGCGUGCCGCACGUGCUCUCACCUGCUGCUGCGCGCGAAACGGAGGCUGGCCGUGCUGCUGCUGCAGGUGCGGGUGUGAGUGCGGGUGUGAGUGCGGGUGAGCAUGGCAGCAAGAGAGGAGUUGGUGCAAGGGGCGGCGAGGAAGAGCAAGGUGCAGACAUGGGAGCAGCGGGCCGGGGGGAAGGAGGCGCAGCAGACGUGCAAGGGAAGCGGUCGGUGAGGCAGGAGGAGGGGAGGGACGUGGCGAUGGGAGUGCAGGCGGCGAGUGGGCGAGCAGCAGCAGCAGCAGCAGCAGCGCAGCACGUGGCCUCGUCGACACUCGCACACUCCCUCUCCAUGCAAUAUGCUGUGCCCUCCGCACCGGGAGCAGCAGCAGCAGCAGCGCCAUACCCAGCCAUGGCUGCCGCGCUUGCCAGCAUGCGCACAGACACGGGGGGGCAGCCCUGGCCGCCCCUCCCCUCCACUGCUCAAAAGUCUUUUGAGUCGACUCAAAAGUGGCCUGUCACCUCCCACUGGCCGUCUUCCACCGCUCACUGGCCCUCCACACCCCUCCACACUCCCCUGCCUGCCUCUGCAUCCCACUCUCUCCUCGUCCCCCCCCUCCCCCCUCUCCACCCCUCCAUCUCCUCGUUCCUCCCGGUUCGAUUCCCAUCCCCUCGCCCCGCGUCCUCCCCCCUCUCGCUCUCCUUGUCCUUCCACCGGCCCCCUCCUCCCCUCACCACCCACCCGCCCUCCUCUCUCACCUCCUCCACCACUCACCAACCCCUUCCCACACACUCUCUCGCUCCCAUCCACCUUCCCCUUGCUCCCUCUCUCCCGCCUCUCCCCUCUCCCUCGUCGCACCCCUCGCCCCAAUCCCCCUCCGCCUCCUUCUCUCUCGCCCCUGCCAGCCCACACGCACAGUCCCACCCAGCUUUGGAUCUCCCACCCCUCGCUGUGCCGCUCUAUUCACUCGCCCACCCCGCCUCCGCCCUGCCCACUGCAGCCUCCACCUCCCCGCUCCCCUCCACCACCCUCUCUCCCCCUUCACUGCCUCGCCCCCCGUCAGCACUCUCACCCUCCGCCGCACCCACUGCCACUCUUGCCGCUGCUGCUGUCACUGCGGCUGCUGCAGCCUCUGCGGGUGCCACAGGGCAAGCCACUCUAGACGCGCUGGCAGCCGCACAAGCUGCCAGUGCCGCUGCUGCUGCUGCUGCCCCACUGCCUGCGCCCGCCUCACCAUCUGUUCCUGCUGCCGCGGCCAGCGUCUCUGCCUCCUGCUCGCAUGCCACAUCUCUGCCUGCUGAAACACCCUGCACUCCCGUUGUGGGGGCAUGCGACCAGUCCCCUGCUGCUCCUGCUGCGCGCUCCACUGACCUACCUGCACCUCACCUCUCAUCGCCGGCUGAUCUCCCAUUUGCCUUUGACUCGCUUGACGACCUCCCCUCUCCCCCCCCCACCUCCUCCCCUCUCCCCACCUCCCACUCCGCCUCCCAGCCGUCCCUCCCACCAACCACCACUCCACAUUCCUCCACCACACCCACCAGAACCCCAGCGUCACUCCCACCCUCUAACGCCCUCCCUCCUCACACAACCCCUCUCCUCCCCCACACACUGCACGCCCCCCCUCCCGCCCCUCCCCCCCCCACGCCGGUGUCACACUCACUAGUGUUCCUGGGCACCACGCAACCCCACACACGCAUCUCCUCCCUCUCCCUAUCCCUCCGCUCCUCCCGCCGCCCCCCCUCCUCCUCCGCCCUCCCUCCCUCCGCCUCCCCGGCUCCUCAUACCCUCCCCCCUGCCAUGCCUGCUGCCGGACCUGCCAGCAUGCGUGCAGCAGAGGCUCGGCAGGGAGGCAGAGCAGAGGAAGAGAUCAACAGACGUGUGUGUGCGGCAGGCAGGGAGGGGCACACGGCGCUUCUGGAGAGGCCGGGGGCGUUAGCUGGUGCUACUGCUGGCGGCGAGGUGCCAGCGCGUGCAGCAAGUCACGCUCUAUCAUCCGGGGCUGAUCGCAGUGCCGCCCAUGUCAAUGCCACGUCAUCUGUCACGUCAUCUGCCACGUCUGCAUCUCCACAUCUCGUGGAACCGGGUGGGGUGCGUGCGGGGACCACGGGACAUGCACAGCUGGCAGCAGCAGCACAGUUAGCAGCACCAUCAGCAGCGGGUCAGCCAGCAGGCGCGGAGGCAGAGGAGAGCAGGGAGCGAAGAGCAGCAGCAGCAGUGAGCUCAGAGGUGCAGAGGCUGCUGGGGUGGGGCAGUGCGGACGACGGUGCAGCUAUGGCGCUGCCUCCCGCGUCCCCCUCACCGCUCUCCACCACAGCAGCAGCAUGGCGGCCGCGCGGAGUGCUGGUCGCGCAGCUGCACGAGCACCGCGCCGCCGUGCCCGCGCUGGCAGUGGCGCCCAACAGCCAGUGGUUCGCAUCGGCCUCACAUGACGGCACCGUCAAGGUGUGGGACGCCACUCGCCUUGACCGCGGCACCGCCUUCCGCUCCAAACUCACCUAUGCGCCGGGGGGAGCAGCAGUGGCAGGGGCAGGUAAAGCGACUGCGGUGGCGGUGAUGGGGGACAGUGCGACGGCGGCGGUGGGGUAUGCGAGUGGGGAGGUGCAUGUGGUGCACGUGGACUAUGCACCGCGCUUCCUCUCCUCACCCGACUCCUACCGCUGCAUCACCCGCAUGCCUGCCCUCGAGCCCUCCUCCCCCUCCUCCCCCUCCUCCCCUUACAACCACGGCCCUGGCGCAUCAAGAGGCGCCAUCCUUUCUGUGCACUCGUGGGCCGGCUCCCACCUGGGCGCCACUCACUCUCCCCUCUCUGCCUCCUCCUCCUCGCUCUUCGCCUCCAACCCCCUCUCCUCCUCGCACGCACUCCUCCUCGUCGCCUCACUGCACGGCGGCAUCACCCUGUGGGACAUGCGAGCCGCCCGCCCCGCCUUCUCCCUGCACCUGCACGCGUCCCUAGGAGCGCCCACCCACGUGCUCCCCGACCCGCAGCACGGCCUCUGGCUGCUGGCGGCGUCCUCCUGCUCCGCGCUCUGCCUCUGGGACCUGCGCUUCCUGCUCCCCCUCUCCUCCUGGCGCCUCCCCUCCGCCCCCUCCGCGCCCCACCCGCCCCCCAUCACUGCGCUCGCGCCCAUGCUGCCAGCGGCCUUCCCCCCCGCAGGGGACGCCAUGGGGGCUGCGGCAGCAGGUGGGCCGGAGCACCUGCCAGGGUGGUUUGGGGCGGACCGGGGGAGGGGAGGCACGGGGGGAGGGGCAGUGGGGGCGACAGGGGGUGGGGCAGCAGCAGCGGGAGCAGCGGGACCAGGGGGAGCAGUGGGGGGGGCGUCGCGGCCUCUGGUGUAUGUGGCGAGUGGCAGGGACGAGGUGGGGCUGUGGAGUGCCGACACGGGACAGUGCCACCAGCCCGCCUCCAACACCGCUCCCCCUCCCUCCCUGCCCUCGCCCUCCAACCUCCCCACCGCUCUGCAAUCCCGCCCACACCUGCUGCCGCUGCCGCCCUUCUCCACCACCACCACCACGCCCUCCGGCCGCACCCUCUCCUCCUCGCCCUGCUUGCCCAACGGCCCUCUGCCCCAGUCAACGCAGUCAACGCAGAGCGGGGCAAGGCAGGCAAGGCAGUCAGCACUGCGGGUGGAGCAGCUGAAGGAGCCACCAGGCAGGGCGGGGGGGGUGAGGGCGCUGCUGGGAGUGCCGGGGGGCGGUGCGCUGCUCACAGCCGGCACUGACUGCUGCAUCCGCUACUGGUGCCGCCUCAGGUGGUUGCCACUUCAGGUGGUUGCCACUUCAGGUGACUGCCACUUCAGGUGGUUGCCACCUCAGGUGAUUGCCACCUCAGGUGAUUGCCACCUCAGGCCGGAGCAGAGUGGGUGGGUGAGCGGGCCCACAGCCAGGGGGGCGCGGGGAGAGGUGCUGCACCCGCGCUAUGACAUGCGCAUCGUGCACGGCGCUAGAGUCAUUCAGGUGCGUGGUGCACGGCGCGAGAGUCAUUCAGGUGCGUGGUGCACGGCGCGAGAGUCAUUCAGGUGCGUGGUGCACGGCGCGAGAGUCAUUCAGGUGCAUGCAUUACCAGCCUGUCUCCCUUGCACUGUGUUCUCAUCCACUGGUUGCUGCAAACACCACUCUCACUCUCUCCCCCUCUGUCUUCCACUCUGUUCGUCCCAUCCGUCCACCGCCACCCCCUCCCACGCCUCGUCUAUCCCGCUGCACCCACCGCAGGAGACACCGCCUCCCUUCUACGUGGAUGUGACGCGGCAGCGGGCCAGCGGCACUGCCGCCUCCACUCCACAAGCAGGCGGGCGGGCAGCAGCAGGCAGUCAGGGGCACGCGGAUUCAGCCCCGGGAGGGGCAGCGGGAGGAGGAGGUGGAGGGGCAGGGGGAGGAGGGCGGCGCAGCAUGGUGGAGGUGGCGGCGGUGGAUGUGGGGGGGUGCCACCGCGAUGCCGUGCUGGCUCUGGCCGUGGCGGACCCGGGGCAGCGCCUGCUGCUCUCCGCCAGCCGUGACGGCGUCGUCAACGUCUGGCGCUAA